UGUGUCCGAAGUGAUCACAUGACUGAAUAUAUCAACUGAGUCCUCCUCCUACUAUAAAUUUAUCGUUGUCUUCGUUGCGUGCUCUUUCUGGGGAAUAAGGCUGCUUCGUUUUAGUGUGGGACUACGAACAGGAGCUUUAACUACAUACGAAUCAUGGCAGACCAGGCAUUCGUCACAUUGGCCACCAAUGACAACUAUGCAAAGGGAGCGAUGGUGCUUGGCAGAUCCCUGCGCACCCACAAAACAUCCAGGAAUCUGGUGGCAUUGAUUGGCCCCCAUGUGACCGAACCAGCCAGGGAAGUGCUUCAGAAGAUCUAUGAUGAGGUCCGGCUAGUGGAUUUGCUGGAUAGCAAAGACUCUGCCCAUCUGGCCCUGAUGAAGAGGCCGGACCUCGGUGUCACCUUUACCAAGCUACACUGUUGGACACUGACACACUACUCCAAAUGUGUCUUCAUGGACGCCGACACACUGGUACUGUCGAAUGUGGAUGAGCUGUUUGAUCGCGAGGAGCUGUCCGCAGCUCCGGACCCUGGCUGGCCGGACUGCUUCAACUCCGGCGUGUUUGUGUUCCGGCCCUCCAACGAAACCUACAGGCAGCUCAUCCGACUCUGCACUGAGGACGGCAGCUUCGAUGGUGGGGACCAGGGAGUUCUCAACAGCUUUUUCAGCAACUGGGCAACUGCAGACAUCACAAAACACCUUCCCUUCAUCUACAACCUUAGCAGCAUAGCCAUCUACUCUUAUCUCCCAGCAUUCAAGCAGUACGGCAGCGACGCCAAAGUGGUCCACUUCCUGGGUAAGAUGAAGCCGUGGAACUACUCGUACGACGCCAAGACGAAGAGCGUCAAGGGGCACUCGCAGGACCCCUCCACGCUCCACCCCGACUACCUUCUGAAGUGGUGGGACAUCUACUCUGGCACAGUGUUGUCAGUGAUGAAGGAACAGUAUGGGAGCCAGCCCUUCUACUCUGGAUGCGAGGAGACCUUCAUCGAAACGGCCCCUCCUCCUCCAGCAGUCACUUGUGACCGCUAUAAGGACGAAAUUCAUCACGGGGUGUCCCAAAUCCACGUUUCGCCACCCCCAGCCCCCACCAUCUCCUCAGAAGAACGCAAGCAGAAGUGGGAACAAGGCCAAGCAGACUACAUGGGCAUGGACAGCUUUGAAAACAUACAGAGGAAGUUGGACUCUUUCCUAAAUUAAAAAGGGAAAGGGGGUGGGGGAGGGUAAAAAUGCAUCUAGAAAGCAUUUGCAGUUACACAAAUUUAGGCUUUUGGCAAACACGGAAUGCGGUCAAAUUUCAGGUGGUCAACCACGUUUGGUUCUUAUUAAAAAUGGUUCAAUACAGUGUGCAUUCAUCUUCCUGCUGGCUCACUACACUAUGUUGGUGGAGGUGAUGCUACGAUGGAUAAAUGUCUUUAAAAUUCUUAGCAGCAAAAUGCAACUACGCGGUAUACUGUACUGUAUGUAGAAGUCCCUCCUCUUUCUCUCUAAUACUCGCAUACUGUGAGGCAAGAAUUUGCCAAAAUUGGACAUCAGUUACAGAACCUAGGCUUACACCUAGCGUGGCGUCAUGUGUUGAGUAGGAAGUGACAUUCAGUUAUCCAGACUGCAAGGAAAUGUGUUCUGUCUGGUGAGAGGAGUGCUCCCAUUAGAAGCUAUUGGAGGGGGAGAGAAGUGAAAUCCCCUUUUUAAACAGGAUUUACAUAAGUAAGUUCCUGUAAGUUUUCCUGCGUCGUCCUGUUCUGUGAGUUGUAUGGAUCAAGAGAGAGCACGUCCCAAGCCUUGAACCGUGAACACCUCUGUACAGUAUUUUGCAUGUUUGUACCAAACUGCUUGAUUUAAACCUGUUGUAUUGCUUUACCCUGUUUAAAUUCAAGAAAAAUGCAAUUUUUUUUGGUCCUCAAAAAGUCUGCAAUAGAACACCCUCAGAGAAAGUUGACAGUGGCCUUAGUUUUAGCCUAAUGUUUGCAUCGCACCUUACCUGCUACCAUCACUCCUUUCAAAGCUUUUUACCCUCUGCCUUUCUCCUAACACUUGUUCCUUUCACAGUGUGGAAACUAGGGCCAUUACACUCCAUGUUUUUGGAGGACUGAAGUGUGAUAUUUUGCUGGUCUUCCCCCCAAGUCAGUGUGUACAACACUGUACACUCAGCUAGCUCUUGUUUUUAGUUCCCUUAUGGGAGAAAAAUGAAACUACUGGAUUAUUUAAGCUUGCUUGUAGCACUGGCCCUGUAUCUGCAAAAUUAAAAGACUAGUGUUGUGAA